AUGGCCAACUCCUGCUGCUUGCCUUGCUGCCAGCCUUCCUGCUGCACGACCACCUGCUGUAAGCCAACCUGUGUGACAAGCUGCUGCCAGCCAUGCUGCAAGCCCAGCUCUUGUGAGACCACCUGUUGUAAUCCAACUUGUGUGACCAGCUGCUGCUGCUGCACACCAUGCUGCAAGCCCAGCUGCUGUGAAACCACCUGCUGCAGGACCACCUGCUGUAAGCCAACCUGUGUGAUCAGCUGCUGCUGUCCACCCUGCUGCCAGCCCAGCUGCUGUGAGACCACCUGCUGGAAAACCACCUGCUGUAAACCAACCUGUGUGAACAGCUGUUGCUGCACACCCUGCUGCCAACCCAGCUGUUGUGAAAUCUGCUACUUCUGGCCUUGCUGCUGUGAGCCCUGCUGCUGUGAGCCCUGCUGCUGCCAGCCCUGCUGCUGUGAGCCCUGCUGCUGCCAGCCCUGCUGCUGUGAACCCUGCUGCUGUCCAACCUGCUGUGAAAACACCUGUUGCUAA